CUAAGAGAAACGGCGGGCAACCAACAAUAUUGCUAACGUCAACAAGAUUCGCAGAUAUCCAUCCCUCGAUGGCCGGCGGUCUGCUCCAUUGACACAUACAGCUGAAGACAAGGCUUAAUCUAGUCUGGGAGCAUUUAGACGCAAACUCAAUCAUUGGUGCUCGCCGUGCCGUCGUAUUGCAAGCUGGGAUACGCUCCCUUGACUGCAGCGAUACUACUUGGGGUUACGUAUGGGGCCGAUAGGCGAAAGAGCUUAACGAUGAGCCCUUACCAUAGACGAUGCUUCUAAGAGACUCCCCCAGCGGGUACAACGUGCGGAGAUGACGCGCGUUGUCAGGUGUGAGAUGCUUGUCUUUAUUCUCUUUGACUUUUAUCUUACAUACAUGUGGCAGGAUGAGCUAUUGAGCAUGGUCCCGACACUAAGGGAUGAGGUUCCCAACUACCAACGCUCGCGGCGUGCGUCAUGGGGUUAACAUAUAAGGUGCUUCCCCCCAGUGGCGUUGAGAACAGAAUGGACCGAGCUCUGGGUCGGAGCAAAAGAGUCAAAUAGACACUCCUGACCUUUCUGUCUAUUGUCUUAUUUUCCCCUUGAGUAAGAAAGAAAAGGUCGUUUCAGUUUAUAGAAGACGUCGUCAUAAUGGCGACCACUACUAAACCACAGCCGUCUCCCACGGAGUCUUCUUCUUCCUCUGUAUCAGACUAUAAGCAUGUGUCUACUGACACCCAUGUGCUGCCAACACCUGAUGAGACCAUUGCCGAUGAAGCGCAGUGCUCGUCUGAGAAGGAAUGGAGGCCAUCACUGCACGAGAAGGCGAUUAUUUAUACACUCGCCAUCACAAGCUUCAUCGUCGCCCUCGAUGCCACUAUUGUCAUUACACCGUUAAGUGCUAUAAUAGAAGACCUAAAAGGAACCACUACCCAAGCUUUCUGGAUCGGCACAUCGUAUCUUCUCGCCAAUGCCGUCACCAUGCCUGUCGUAUGCGCCAUUAGUGGUGUAUUCGGUCGACCUAUUUGCCUGAUCUUCUCCCUUAUUGCCUUCUCCGUCGGCACAGUGCUCUGUGCUGUAUCGAAGAGCAUUGGAGUUCUCCUCGUGGGACGUUCAAUCCAAGGCAUAGGGGGCGCCGGAAUCCAUAGUCUGGGGCUAGUGAUCCAAACUGAUAUCGUACCGCUUCGGUGGCGUCCAAAGUGGUACGGAGUAACUCUGGGAGCCUGGGCUCUGGGAUUGGCCAUUGGACCCAUCAUUGGAGGUGCAGUCGUUCAUGGUACAACUUGGCGCUGGAUAUUCUACCUCAUGUUCCCCUUCUUGGGAUUUGGUCUAAUCGCCGUGCCAUAUCUAUUGACCUUGAAACCGAGAGAGGCCACAUUCACGGAGAAGUUGGCGCGCAUCGACUGGGUCGGUUCUUUCAUCUUCACUGGGUCAGCAACAUCAUUUCUCAUUGCCAUCUCAUGGGGCGGUUCACAGUUCGAGUGGAAUAGCGUUCAGACCUUGGCUCCUUUGAUAAUAGGCCUCUUGGGCUUACUUGCAACUCUUGUAUAUGAGAAAUUGUGGGCAAAGGAGCCUUUCCUGCGACAUAGCCUAUACCAUAACACUUCAUCGACCGUCGGAUAUGCAUGCGGCUGUAUUCAAGGCAUGGUGAUGUACGGCUUCUUGUACUAUGGCCCGUUCUUCUUCCAAUCUGUCAAAGAGUUCUCGCCGCUUAAUACUGGAGUGACCUUGCUUCCAGCGACUCUGACCGUCACGACCGCUGGUAUCGUUUGCGGCCGCCUGGUGACCCGCUACAACAACUACCGCUGGGCCAUCUGUGUCGGUUGGUUUGUUGCGAGUCUCGGCGCCGGACUGUUCCUCAUCUGGCCUCGCAACAAUAGCGCUGCAGUCUGGGUGGUAACGUACCUCAUCGUCGGGACUGGACAAGGUGCUAUCCUCAAUGCCCAAAAUUUCGCCACGCAAGCUAUGUGCAAGAAAGGCGACGAGGCAGCGGCAGCAGCAAUGUACGCGUUCAUCCGGCAAUUCGGCAUGUCCUUGGGGGUCGCGAUUGGGGGUACAGCAUUUCAGAAUGUAAUGGCGCUCAAGCUGAGGUGGCUCGGGCUCCCAGUCGAAAUUGCCAAGCAAUCCGAAAGCUACAUCAGUGUGCUGCAUGCUAUGCCUGCCGGAGACUAUAAGAAUAAAGUGCUCGACGCCUACAAGUACGGGUUCACGGGGCUCUUUGCAUUUUAUCUCGGCAUCUCUGUCGUUGCGCUUGUGAUAUCUACCCUCUUCAUUGAGAAUGUGGACCUGACUCGCGAAAUUGAAAGCGAUCACCAGCUCGAUGAUCGCCGUUGGGAGAAGCAGCGCAAGUAGGUUUGAUUUAGGAAAGCGGUACAUUAGAGACAUGAUUGCAGCGGGUUAUGCUCAUGAGAUUCCUUGUAUUGUAUAUACAUGUAUGUCAGUUAGACUACAAUCCUAUAGUGACUAAUCAAGAUAAAAUUGUUAGAUAAA